CUUUAUCCCCUGGUUUGUUUUAGAAUAAGAUCGGUGGACCGUUCAUUCACUGCUCUUUCAACAGAUCCAUUCGCUACCUGUUCGUUUGACAACCAGGAGGUCAGUCGAGCAUCAUGUCGAGGUUUCAUCUCUUGUAUCAUUCACCAGAUGUGAUGGUGUCCUCUGAUGGGAAAACGAUCAGUCGCAGGGUGGCCAGGAAAAGGGAUCUUCAAGAAACUGUGAAGCAAUUUGCUGGUGUGGUUUCUGAGAGGGGACGAGCGAUUCAUGAGAUAUGGGCGUUUGUGUUCAACGUCCUUCAUCUCCUGCACAGCACAGGAGCAGAGAAAGUUAGAUGGUCACCACCUAGCUGGAAUACAACCACAUGUUCCUGCACACUAGGAGUCACGGUGAUAAUUGUUCUCUGCUAUUGUGGUGAACAUCUCAGUGACGAAAUGAUGCAAGGUCUUGUCGACUAUAUUCUGGACUUCAAGUAUGUUGAUGUGAAUGAAGAAGAUAAGACCGAUUACAACUGGACACUCUUGCACCAUUGUGCAGAGGCAGGCAAUGCACGCUUAGCAAAACUGCUCAUCGAACGCAGUGCUUGCCUCAACGCACAGGCCAGCGGGGCACGAUGGACUCCGCUGCACUAUGCAGUCGACAGGAACAAGAUCAGCGUUGUCAAGGUGAUAUUGUCACAUGCCAGUGACAGUAUCAACUUGGAUACAACACUGCUUGACAGGUAUUAUCGCACAGCAUUGGACCUUGCAAAGGAACGUGGUUAUAAUGAAUGUGUGCAGCUCAUCACACAGCAUGAAGCGGAAACUAGCUGCCAAGCCGACUCGGAAAGUUGAAACGGAGCUAGACGAGGAGCCUUAAUUUACACAGACACGUCAUCUGAUUAUACAUGUAUGACAAAGUCGCCAUUUUCUACGGCGUGUUGUCAAUUCUACCGCGUGUGUGUAAUUACACUGUACUUUCCUGGCAUAUAGCUGGACGUAGUCAGUAAACUCGCAGCUGUUUGAUUUUUUCUUACAUUACACAUUGUCUGCUGAAUACAUUACAUACAACAUACUUCAUGUGUUUUCCAAACUCUUUCAAACAAAUUUCAUAAUUAAUUCUGAUUGUUGCCUCGCCUGGGGUAUAAACUGCGUACAAGUGUGUGAUUGGUGUUCUAUGCCUGGUUGCAAUGGGAUGUAAGUUAUUUUUUUCGUCUUCUUGAAGACAUUUUCCGUUUGCUCUGAUUUCCGUUAUAUGUGCCGUAGUGACGCACAUAAUUAAAAUUUAUAUUAGUGACGUAAAGGGUCAUGCGCUUAUGAAAACAUUUGUGCGUUACUAACGCGUAUAGCCGAUUUGUUUGUAGGCGUGUCUGCGAAUCAUGACGUUCCGAGUUCAAAUCCUGCGCUGGUAACAGGGAAUGUGUUUAGUGCUCCCUCAAUCGCGUUGAUGCAUGCGAGUACAAAUUUACAUGCAAUGAACUGUGCCGACACCCACGGUGAACUUGG